AAUGGUAGAUUUUUUUAAAAAGUAAGUAACUGACAACCAGCUGACGACACUAAAUUCACUCCGGUAAAUAAAAUCUUAUCGUUUUUCCAGCACGCACACCAAUAAAUGACGAUUUGAUAACUGUUUUACUGUCAGCUAUUUUGCAAAGUCCCUUCCGCCCACUUCCCUAAUGACAUUCUUCCGGGUGUACAAAUAUGCGGAUGACAUCAUUGCUAUAUAUAGUUGAAAUAAUAAAAUUCGGAACCAGGACACACCAAAGGUGUAUUUUUAAAAAUAAACCGUGAACGUAGGUACAGUGUCUAUUUUAGCACCUAAUUUUCGAAUUUACUCUUGAAAAUGAGUGCAAGUAAGCCAGUCGAGGAAAUAAUGAUUGAAGAAAAUCAUCUGGGGACAGCAUAUUGAGUAUUAUUUUCAGUGCCAUUAAAAAGGUUUCAAUAGUGGGUAUUGUAUAUCUAGCAGGGUAUAUGCAAUGGUCUGUUGCAUGGUUUAUAGGACCUAUAGUUUUAUUAGUAAUUCGAGACCAAUGGAAGAAAACAAGUGAUAGAAAGCGAAAUUUUGCAAAAGUAACAUCUUUGUCAAGUGAAAAGGAGGUUGUUUUGGCUAGAUUGAAUGAUUUACCAGCUUGGGUUUUCUUCCCAGACAUCGAAAGAGCAGAAUGGCUAAAUAGGAUUAUAAAACAAGUCUGGCCAAAUGUGAACCAUUUUGUCCGUCAAAUGGUUCGAGAUAGUAUUCAACCAGCUUUGAGAGAGAGCUUGGAAAAGUACAAACUAAGUGGAUUCAAGUUUGAAAGAAUUAUUCUUGGGACAGUGCCAUUCCGUAUUGGAGGAAUAAAGGUCUAUGACAAAAACAUCGACAGGAAUGAGAUUGUCAUGGAUUUAGAUAUAUUUUAUGCAGGUGAUUGUGACAUCACAUUUCACCUAAAAGGGAUGAAAGGAGGAAUACGUGAUUUUCAGUUACACGGAAUGCUCAGAGUUGUGAUGAAACCACUAAUUACAACUAUACCGCUUGUUGGAGGGUUGCAGGUGUUCUUUUUAAACAAUCCGGAUAUUGAUUUCGAUCUGGUUGGCAUAGCUGACUGAUAUUUUGAGACGAAUUGUGGUCGAAACUAUUUCGUCUAUGAUGGUGUUACCGAAUAAGUUUCCUAUAAAACUUAGUGAUGAAAUCGAAGCAGCAGAACUGAAGGCUCCUGAUCCAGAGGUA